CAGCCCGAGACUCCUGAGUAGAUGUAGUGCCGUGCUGGGCUGUUACCUGCGUGCUGCCCGUUUGCAGCUUCCCCGGCCGGGGGACGCAGCUCGAUCCCUCUGGGCUGCGACUCCGCCCUACGGUGCAGCAGGAAAUGCCGUCCCACACUCUCGCCGCCGUGUUGCUGGAACUGCAGGGAGCGGCCGUCCGGCUGCCAAGACUGUCUGCCGGCUCUGGGCAACGGGCAUCGGGGAAAGAGACGGGGCAGCUGCCGGCGCUGCCCGUGCGCUCGGAGUCAAGCGUCGGACCCGCAGGAUUCCCGGCGCUCCUGCGCUGCGCUUCCCACGCCAGCACCGUGUGCGCGCGGGCCCGUGUGCCGGUGCGAGGCGGCAGCGCGGGCAGCGGGCGGCGGCGGGCGCAGUCCCGCCGCGGGCCGCAGGGUGGUGCUCCCGGCCAAGGCGGCGCCGAGCGGCUGCGGGCGGGGAGGCGGCCCAGCCCAACCCGCCGCUACACAGCCCAGCCCAGCCGAGCCGAGCCGAGCCGGGCAACGGCGGCGAGCGGCGGCGAGCGGUGCCCCGUGCCAGCGGCUGCCGGGCCAGGGCGGCCGCGCUCCGUGCCGCCAUCCGGAGUCGGCGAGAGGGAGGCCGCCCGACCGCCGCCCCGCCGCGCUGCUGCCGGGCGCCGCUCUCCGCGGAGGAGUGCGCGGGCGAUCCGCGAGACGGAGGCUGUCCGCCGGCCCGAGAUGGCGAUCGCAAGGCAAGUGCUUUGUCUCUGUGCUUUCCUCUCCCUGCCGCUCGCUCGCUCCGAGCCCAUCCGCUACUCCGUAGCCGAGGAGGCGGCGAGCGGCUCCGUGGUAGCCAACGUGGCGGAGGACGCGGGGCUGUCCCCGGCGCAGCUGGCGGCUCGCGGCGCCCGCCUGGCCUCGGAGGACGGCCGGCAGCACUUUCGCUUAGACCCCGCCACCGGCAGGCUCGUCGUGGCCGAGAGGCUGGACCGGGAGGAGCUGUGCGGCCAGUCCGCUACGUGCACGCUCCCCUUCGAGCUCCUGCUGGCAAACCCGCUGCAGUUCUUUCGGGUGGAGGUGGCCGUGGAGGACAUCAAUGACCAUUCCCCCGUGUUCCCGGAGGAACGAGUUACUAUUAAUAUCCUGGAAAGGAGCGACCUGGGCUCGCGUUUCCCUCUGGAGGGUGCUCGGGACCUGGAUGUUGGCAGCAACAGCAUCCAGGCUUACAGCAUUUCUCCCGAGAACGAGUACUUUAGUGUCUCCUUUGGUAGUCGGAGGAACGGUGACAAAUAUGUUGAACUGGUCUUGGAGAAGGCUCUAGACAGAGAGGAGGAAGGAGACGUGGAUUUAAGUCUCAUUGCCAUGGACGGAGGCUCUCCUCCCAGGAGUGGGACCACACAAAUCCACAUUAUUGUUCUAGAUGUAAAUGACAAUGCUCCUGUCUUCAAAGAGGAAGGAUAUAUUGCGCAGAUUUUGGAAAAUGCGCCUGUUGGCUCAGUGGUCCUUAAAGUGACGGCUAUUGAUCGGGAUGAGGGAGUUAAUGGGGACAUCACCUAUCAGUUCAGGCAAGCAGUGGGACAGAGCAACUCAGCAUUCACAAUUGAUCCUACCAGUGGUGAAAUUAAACUCACAAAGCCUCUGGACUUUGAGGUGGCAGAGAAUCAUGAGCUCAGUGUGCGGGCCAUGGAUGGCGGUGGCCUGUCAGCUAUCUGCAAGGUGUUGGUGGAGGUGGUGGACGUGAAUGACAAUGCACCUGAGCUGGUGGUGAAUUCCUUCAACAGCCCCCUCCCCGAGAACGCAUUGCCUGGAACAGUGGUUGCCCUCUUUACUGUCAGGGACCGGGAUUCUGGUGCGAAUGGGAAGAUCUCCUGUGCCCUUGAGGAUCAGCUAUUGUUCUCCCUGCGUCUGGCCUAUAAGAACUACUAUGAGCUUGUCACCGUCAAUGCUCUGGACAGGGAGGAGAUGGCACGGCACAUCCUCAUUGUCACAGCAGCAGACGCAGGGUCACCUCCUCUCACAACCACCCAGACCUUCACGGUGGACAUCUCCGAUGUCAACGACAAUGCACCUGCCUUCAACCAGACAUCAUACACGAUGUAUGUGCGUGAGAACAAUGUCCCAAUGGUGCUUGUUGGAGCUGUCAGUGCUGCAGAUGUUGAUGUGGGGCCCAAUGCCAAGGUGUCAUAUUUCCUGGCACCAUCCCAUCCCACAGAGCAGCCUCCCUGCUCCUGCAUCUCCGUGAACUCUGAGAAUGGGCACGUGUUUGUGCUGCGGCCUCUGGACUAUGAGCAGGUGAAGCAGAUUGAUGUGCUGGUGAGUGCCUCCGAUGCCGGAUCUCCUCCUCUCAGUGCCAACGUCACCGUCCACCUUGUUGUGGUAGAUGAGAAUGACAAUGUGCCACUGGUGCUGUACCCAUCACAGGACAGCGGUCCACCAUCCAGCGAGCUGGUGCCUGUAUCAGCUGAGGCGGGGUACCUCAUCACCAAAGUGGUGGCUGUGGAUGCAGACUCGGGACAGAACUCGUGGCUCUCUUACCACCUGCUGAAGGCCACCGAGCCCGGGCUGUUUGUGGUUGGUGCCCAAAGCGGGGAGGUGCGGCUGAAGAGGCCAGGGACAGAGAGGGACGCUGUGAAGCAGAAGCUGGUUAUUGUGGUGCGAGACAAUGGGAAGCCACCAUUGUCAGCCACUGCUGCACUGAACGCCCUCCUGCUCAAUGACUUCUCAGAAGUGCGCCUACCGCACAGCAGCCUGGCCACGGAGGACGAGAGUGACUCCCUGACAACCUAUUUAAUCAUUUCCUUGACCUUUGUCUCACUCCUCUUCCUCGCAUCCAUGACAGCCUUCAUCACUCGCAAGGUGUGCAAGAGAAAGGAGCUGAAGGCAGGGCACGUGCUUUAUGGUGCUGGCAACUUGCAGAGCGACCUGGCUGAUGCGGCCACAGCGGGGACCUUGCCCCACGGCUAUUGCUAUGAGAUCAGCCUCACAACGGGCUCUGGCAAUAGCGAGUUCAAGUUCCUGAAGCCCAUCCUCCCCAGCCUGCCACCACAGCAGUGCACCAGAGGUGGGGGCACCGAUGACGAGCAAGAUUUCCCCCGUGGCCCCAUUACUGCAGAACACUUUGCACCAGACAAUCGUGGGACCGUCUCUGCAGAACAGUUCAAUAAUCUUUCCUUUACCUAGCAUGGAGUCAGCACAUACAGAGGCUUCAUUCAUGCCUCACGGUAGGAAGGGAUCCCUGUUACAGCAUGUGGUAAUGAUUCCUCCAGAGUAAAUCUGCAUUUUUAUUUGGCAUCAAUGAUUUCCCUCAAAUUCUAUGUCAGAAGAAAGACUAUAACCCUCUCCAAAAUAGAAACACACAAAGAAAAGAACCUAAAGACUCCUUUAGUCAUGAAAGUAUAUUUCCACUCUGUUACAACCUCUUCCAAAAUGCUUUGAGAGGUACAGGUUCCCCAGCGUAGUUUUUGUGUCACUUACUGUCAGGCAAGCCCAUGGACCUCUUUCUCUGUGCUGUAACGCAAUUUCAAAGUCAUGCAGUGAAAUCACAUUGUCCUGGCUUUAGCUGGGGUAGAGUUAAUUUUCUUCGUAGUAGCUGGUAUAGUGCUGUGUUUUGGAUUUAGCAUGUUGAUAGCACACUGAUGUUUUUGUGGUUCCAAGGUAGUGCUUACAGUAAGUCGAGGACUUUUCAGCUUCUCAUACCCUGCCAGUGAGGAGCCUAGGGGUGCAGAAGAAGUUGGGAUGGGGCACAGACAGGACAGCUGACCCAAGCAGGCCAAAGGGAUAUUCUAUACCAUAGGACGUCAUGCUCAGCAUAUGAAGUGGGGGCAGUUGGCCAGGGGGAGGCUUCGGCUCGGGAAGUGGCUGGUCAUCAGUCAGUUGGUAGUGAGUAAUUGUUUUUCAUUUGCAUGAUUUGUCUUUUCUUAGAGUUUUGUUAUCUUUUCCUCUCCCCCCCCCCUUAUUAUUAUUUUAUAGUAAUAUUUUAUUUUAUUUCAAUUAUUAAGCUGUUCUCAUCUCAGACCACGAGUUUUGUCACUUUUACACUUCCAAUUCUCUCCCCCUUCCCACUGCAGGGGGAGGGGAGGAAGAGUGAUAGAGUCGCUGUGUAGUGCUUGUCUGCUGGCUGAAGUCACACCACGACACACAUGCUUGCCGAAACGCACGUAGCCCUCUCCCUGCGUCAGAAAAGCAAGGAUGUUGUGAGUACAGUGUUACAAUAUGGUGCAAGCAAGGGGCUCUUUCUUCUCUGGGUGCUUGGCUCUGUAUAAGAUGUUUGGGGCCUGUGUGUUUUGUGUUCUGGUCACUAUGUCUGUCCAGACACCCGUUGUGAAUCUGCAUACUCUGCACUAGUGCUGCCCAGUGAUGCAGGGAGUUGCUCACAUCCAGCUGUUGUGAUGCACACAGUUCUAGCUCAUUGAGCAAGAGUGGUAUUUUUUCCCUUUGAGUACAGCAGUCUCAUCUUCUCUAGAGGGGAGCAGCAAAACACAGAAGAUCUUCCUUUAUCCCAUAAGAGGGUGGUGGGCGUUCUGUCUCCUUGGGAUUUCCAUGUAAGUAUAGCAGUUCUAACAGUGUUGGGAUGGAACAGAUUAGACUAGACUAGACUAGACUAGACUAGAUUUCAGCAGGAAGGCACCUGCAACGAUCAUCUAGUCUAACCGCCUGACUACUUCAGGGCUGACCAAAGUUAAAGCAUGUUGUUAAGGACAUUGUUCAAGUGUCUCUUAAACACUGACAGCCAUGGGACAUUGACCCAUCAACUUUAUGAAGCCUCUUCCAGUGUAUGACCGCUCUCUCAAUAAAGAAAUGCUUCCUAAUGUCUGACCCUCCCCUGAUGGAGUUUGAACCAUUCCCAGGUGUCCUGUCGCUGGAUACAAGGGAGAAGAGAUGAGCACCUCCCUCUCUCAGCCAAGUUCUCCAAACUAGACAAACUCAAAUCCUUAGCUGCUCCUCGUAGGACUUCACUUCCAGCUUUGUCACCAGCUUUGUAGUAGAAAAACUACAUCCACAGCCUUCCCUUAAUCCAACAGUCAGGUGACCUUAUCGUAGGAGGACAUGGACCUGUUGGAGUGAGUCCAGAGGAGUCCACAAAGAUGAUCAGAGGGCUAGAGCACCUCUCCUAUGAAGACAGGCUGAGAGAGUUGGUGUUGUUCAGCCUGGAGAAGAGAAGGCUCCGGGGAGAGUUGAUUGUGGCCUUCUAGUACCUAAAAGGGGUCUAUAGGAAAGCUGGGGAGUGACUCUUUAUCAGGGAGUGAAGUGAUAGAGUGAGGGGUAAUGGUUUUAAACCAGAAGAGGGUAGAUUUAGAUUAUAUAUCAAGAAAAAAUUCUUUACUCUGAGGAUGGUGAGACUCUGGAACUGGCUGCCCAAGGAAGUAGUGUAUGCCCUGUCCCUGGAAGUAUUCAGUGCUGGCUUGUGUGGGGCUUUGAGCAACCUGGUCUAGUGGAAGGUGUCCCUGCCCAUGGCAGAGGGGUGGGAACUAGGUUAUUUUUAGGUCCCUUCCAACUCUAACCAUUCUAUCAUUCUAUUAUGUCAAAGCAGUUAAGCAGGACUUUCCCUUGGUGAACCCAUGAUGACUGCGCCUGAUGAUUGCAUUGUUCUUUCAAUGCCUUUCUUUCACUAGUACGCAGUUAUGAUCUUCUCUAUAGUUUUGCCAGGGUCUGAGGUUAGACUAACAGGUCAGUAGUUUCCUGGGUCUCCCCUCUUGCCCUUCUUGUAAAUUGGAAGAACAUUGUCUAGCUUCCAGUCAGCAGGGACCCCUCCCCAGUCUCCCAAGGCCUUUGGCAGCUGAUGGAGAGAUGUCCUGCUGUAACAUCGACUGGGUCCUUCAGUACUCUGCAACGAAUCCCAUUAGGUGCCAUGGACUUGAGAACAUUCCUCUGAUACAGCUGGUCCCUGAUAAUUUCAGUGUCCACUGAUGGAAAGUCACUGUUCGUUCACUCGCGGCCCUCUGUUUCAGUGGACCGGGCAGCCCAGCAUCAAUCUGUAUUGUUAAACUUCGGGUCAAGAAAAGCAUUGAAUGCCUCCUCUUCUUCUUCAUCCUUGUCGGUCAGGUGAGCAUCUUCAACAAGUGUCAGUCUAAUGUUUUCUUUAGACCUCCACUUCCUAUUAACAUCCUUGUAGACUGUAACUGUUCAGAGUUGUGAAAACAUGCUCAUUGCCUUUGGGUGCAUUGUAAGGAAACUGCACAAGUUGCUUCAAAGGACUUUGUCUGAAGGUAGAAUUGAGAUGGACUUGGAAAAAGCCCAUUGACUUUUCUCUGAUCGUUGUUCCUGAGUUCAGCGGCUUCUUGAUGGGAGGGGAAAUCUGUCCCACCAGGAUUUCCUGGGUUUGUGUUAGAGCAUUUGCAUUCUCCUUUCUGCCCUUUCUCCUUCUACUUUGUGAACUGUGUUUGGGCAUUGUCUUACCUCUUCCCCUUAAGAAGGACUGUCACUCCAUGUAUAAUAUUGGAUUCUUUAAAAGAAGGCUGUUUGAAUGUUUGAAUGGCACAGAAUAUUUGGAAACGUGACGUUGUGUUGUGCUGCAGUUAUUAACUGUAAAGCAGGAUACCCUUGAGUGUAAAAAUGUAACAAAGAGAACACCUGAAUGCCUUGUGUGGAGACAGUAGUCUUUGUUGAGUUGUUUGUUGUUUUUUUUCUGGGGAAGCUCUGUCAAAGUUUUUCCAAAGGUUGUGAGCUUUUUUCUCAUUUUUGUCCCUUGGCUGAUGUAAAGUUGAGCGGGUACAUUUCUUCAGUUUGGCAAUGAGGCCUGUAUCGCAUUGAGUGAAAUUGUGGGGAGCACGGCUUUGCUGACAGACCUGUAUGGGUCUUCUGAGCACUGAGUUGCUGGUUGCUACAGGGCCCAGUUAGACCCAGUCAGCGGAAACUGGCCCCCACCCUAACAGGGACCGUGGGUGUGCAAAGGCCUCUGCAAAGCAGUGAGGUUGGGGAUAGUGACCUAUCCCACUCUUCCUAGAGUGCCAGCUGCAGAGGGCAACUGGGAAGGCUUUGAGCACAAAGUAUUCUGAUUCUAAAUGUUUUGAUGGAUGACAGCAUACAUGUUGCUUUGGAGAAGUCUUUCGGGGAGUCCCAGGAGGUUGGGAAUUGGUGGAUGAAGAACUACUACCAGGGAUACGGUUCACUCUCAGGAAACGCAGAGCACUACAGGCAUCUGCUCCACAAAGGCCUCAAGAAAAGGAUAAGGCCUGAGGACAGGCCGCUGUAGUGAUGCUGACCAGAAGACAGUUGUACAGCGAGGGGUGAAUGAUAUACUCUCCAGCUAACCUGAGAGGAAUCAUAGAAUCGUUUGGUUUGGAUGAAAUCCUUGAGACCAUUGAGUCCUGCCGUUAAGCAAACACUACCAAGUCCACCACUAAACCCUGUCCCUCAGCACCACAUCCAGGGACGGCAGACACUUCCUUUGGCAGCCUGUGUUAAUGCUUGGCAAUCCUUUUGAUGAAGAAAUUGUUCAUAAUAUCCAGUCUAAACUUCCCCUAUCACAACCUGGGGCCAUUUGCUCUCAUCCUAUCACUUCAUACUUGGGAAAAGAGACCGACACCUACCUCCUUAAAUCUUUCAGGCAGAGGCCUGUGCUGUCCUGUGCUGUGUUGUAUGGCACAAAUCCUUUGGUGGGAAGAUAAACUCAGCUCAUUGUAAUCGCAGAGGCUGCAGGCAAGUCCUGCUUGGUACUGGUUAGAAAGCCACCUGCAAGCAAGAAGUCCACCUGCCAAAGUCUUUUACUGCAGCUGUAGAAAUGAUCAAUAGAAUUGCUUUCUUGCAGGGAAGUCCUAAGAUGGCUUGAAUGACUGAAACGGGGACACUCUGUCUUUUCUAUGACCAGGGUCUGCACGGCAUGUUGUGCAUGGCUGCAGUUCUUUCAUGAAGCUCCUCUGCUCAGGGUUCUCCACAUCUACCCUUCCAGUAGGGUGAUCUAUAAUGGAGAGAGUUGUGAAUGACACUUUAGAGAGUGGGCGUGUUUCUCCUGCUGAGAUCACAAGGAACCAGCAGCUCCUGGUAUAAAAGUGCUGGUUCUCGGGUCGUUCCAGGUCAAAGGUCCAGGUGUCUGAUGCAGUUCAUAACUGGAAGGUUUCUUACAGUUUGUGACCUAUGAAAGGGGACAUGGCGUUUCCUGCAUUGGAGGGCCAGCACACACGGCUGAGCUUUCCCAAGGGGCUCUUUGCAGGUGCCCUUUAGGAAGGAAAACUUCUAGGCCAGGUAAUAGACAGCCCUAGCAGAGGGGAGGCUUUUAACCCCCUGGAAACUGCUUUCAGGGACAAGGGAGCACGAGAGAGCUGGCAGAUGUUUAAGGAUGCUUUCCACAGAGUGCAAGAGCUCUUGAUCCCCACAUGUAAGAAAUGAGGGAAGGAAGGCAAGACACCAGCAUGGCUGAGUAAAGACCUGCUUGUCAGACUAAAGGGCAAGAAGGAAACGCACAGUCAGUGUACAGGGACCUUGCCCAGUUUUGUAGGGAUGCGGUCAGGAAGAUCAAGGUGUGGCUGAAGCUGAACACAAAGUACAACAAGAAGGGCUUCUAGCGGUAUGUCAGACAGAAAGGAGGGUCAAAGAAAGUGUACCUCCGCUGAUGAACACAAGUGGCAAACUGGUAUACAACAGGCAAGGAGAUGGCUGAGGCAGCCAGCAACUUUUUUUGCUUCAGUUUUCACUGUCAGUCUCUCUUCCCACACUUCUCGAGCGGAUGGAGCUCGAGGCAGGGACUGGGGGAGCAAAGUCCCUCACGCUGUAAGAGAAGAUCAGACCAACUGAGAAACCUGAACAUAGAGAAGUCUCUGGGACCUGAGAAGAUGCCUUCCGGAGU